UCCAAGGUGAUCAACUACUGAUUUAUUGUCGCCUUGAUAAAGAAUCCUAUGAUACUGUGUUAUUGUAACAAUCUAAUAUAAAAUAAUGCCAGGAAUCGCAAGUGCAACAGGCCUUUUAGAAGCACGUAUCCGACCAACUUAUCGACCUAAAUCGAAGAAUGUGGAACUUACAGGUUUUAUUAAACCAGCACCUUUUAUUCUUCGUCCUUUUUCUGGUCUCUUUAAUCCUUAUCCUUAUGGCUGUUCUAUAUUGUGUAAUCAUCCAGCAGAUUGUGAAGCAAGAGAAGUUCUCAGACGAGCUAAAGAUUCAUGGGCAAAUGAAGGAAAAACAUUAUUAUUACCAGAAGAAAUGGAAAUGAUUAAAGCGAAUUUAGUAACUGUAGGCAAUAAUGCCGAUGUAAGUGGAAAUACUGGAGUUGAAGUAACUAAUGAUUCUAAUACUGUUCCCGAGGAAUUAUUUCGAAAAUAUACUGAGACUGAUUCGAGACCUUUGACUCCUGCACCUACACUGGCUAGCGGUCCUCCUUUGACAAAUAGAGCGACUCAGGAAGAAUUUCCGGUGGCUUGCAAUUUAAGAGAACGAACUACGUUGAUUCUAGAUCUUAGAACGAAUCCACAAAAACAGAUGGAAAAUGAAACAUUUAGUUGGCAUGCAUUGACUUUAGAACCACCGCCAACCCAUCGAAAAAAUGAGAUUGUUAUAUCUAAACCGACUUCAAGACGUGCGAUAGAAAAUUCGAUUCAUGCAGAUUCGACGAUUGAUAUUCCAAAUGUAGAUGCUUCUAAUGAAUCGAAUUCUAAUAGAAACGCGAUAGAAGAAGAAACAGAAAAAUCAAAUAAGGAUAUGACAAUUGUACGCAGAAGAGGAAAACGAUUACGAAAAAGAAAGCAUAGAAGAGGAUCAGGCUAUGGACAACAAACAGAAGUUCGUGACUUAUUUGAAACAACAGAAACUCAAAUUUCACAUAUAGGAGAUGGAUCUAGAAGAACAUCAAUUCAUACAAAUAAUGAUGAUGUGGAAAAUAUAACAAGCUCUCCUAAGAAAACUUCUCCAAUAAAUAAUAAAUUUUCUACAAUGCUUCCUAGUUUUAUUGAUGCAGAUAUUUUAAAGCAUUUAUGCAGAGAAUUAGACAACGAUAAAGUGGAAGCAGAAUUUUCAAUUCGAAGAAAAAUUGCAUAUGAGGAAGCUUUACGUGUAAAAGGUGAAAAAUAUUUACAUUCAAAACAAUCUCAAAUAUUUUCAAAUCCUGUACUAGUAGAUACACCGCGAGCAUUUUCGCGCCAAACAGCUCGAUUUGAAAUUCUUGAUAGUGAAAGCUUACGUGGAUUAACAAUCUUGGAAUAUCUUAGCAAACAUGUAUUUGUUUCCUUGGGAAGAAAACUUAUUUUUGCUAGAGUUUUCAACAAAUUUCAAAAAGAUAUGAUACAGAAUAAUAAAUAUGUUUUGCCAAAUGACGUUCAUGAAGCUCUUCAAGAUAUGAUUGGGAAACCUAUAACUCAAGAACAAAAAACAUAUUUGAAACUUAUAAUUGGCGAAAUUAAAGAACCCUUAAAUUUUAGAACUUGGUGUGGUUUAUGUGCCGCGGUGGAACGAUUAUUAUGUUCUCUUCCUUUAAAAGAAAUCGAUCCACCUACAUGGCUUGAAAGAGUGGAUUUUGAAACAUUAGAACGAAGACUUAAGGCUAUUAAUGUAAAUCCUAAAUUAGCACAAUUUUUAAGAGAGAUUCGUGACAAAUAAAAUGUUGAAAUGAAAUUUUA